AUGUCUGGUGCAAAGAUACUGCUCUUCCUGCAGAGCCUGUCACGUAGGAAACCUCUGCAGCCUGAAGGAGAGGUGUCCAACUUUCGGCGAUGCCUGACCACCCUCGACCUGGUGGCCCUGGGGGUCGGCAGCACACUGGGGGCCGGUGUGUACGUGCUGUCGGGAGAAGUGGCCCGAACCGUGGCCGGGCCGAGCAUCAUAAUCGCCUUCCUGAUUGCAGCAGUGGCCUCCAUCUUUGCAGGACUUUGCUAUGCUGAAUUUGGAGCUCGUGUUCCUAAGACUGGCUCUGCCUACCUCUACAGCUAUGUGACUGUGGGAGAGAUAUGGGCUUUUAUCACCGGCUGGAACUUGUUGCUGUCUUAUGUCAUUGGGACGUCAAGUGUUGCCAGAGCAUGGAGUGGGACCUUUGACGAUCUCAUUGGUAAUGUCAUUGCCAACUCUCUGGGCAAACAAGCUGCAAUGAACUUACCCGGAUUGGCUCCCUACCCAGACUUCUUUGCAGCUGGCCUCAUAAUGCUCUUGGCAGGGAUUCUUGCAUUUGGUGUUAAAGAGUCUGCUAUUGUAAAUAAGGUUUUUACAGCAGUUAACGUCCUGGUGUUGCUGUUUGUUAUCAUCGCUGGGGUCAUUAAGGGGGACAUCGACAACUGGUACAUCGGGGAAGAUUCUCUCCUAGAUGCAUAUGAGUAUGGAAACUACACAUCACUGAAUGACACAAGCACAUAUGGCAGUGGAGGAUUUUUCCCUUUUGGCUUCGAGGGAACAUUAGCAGGAGCAGCCACAUGCUUUUAUGCAUUUGUUGGAUUUGACUGCAUUGCCACAACAGGAGAGGAGGUUAAAAACCCUCAGAAGUCGAUCCCACUCGGCAUCGUGGCGUCCCUCCUCAUCUGCUUCCUGGCUUACUUCGGUGUGUCUGCAGCGCUGACUCUUAUGAUGCCGUACUAUUUGCUCAGUGCUCACAGCCCGUUGCCAGUGGCCUUCACAUACAUCGGUUGGGGACCUGCAAAGUAUGUAGUGGCUGUGGGAUCCCUUUGUGCACUGUCAACAAGCCUACUAGGAUCGAUGUUCCCGAUGCCUCGUGUCCUCUUUGCCAUGGCCAGGGAUGGACUUCUCUUCAGACCUCUCAGUAAAAUGAGUGACAGACAAAGUCCUGUUAUAGCGACCCUGGCCUCAGGGGUUGUAGCAGCUAUCAUGGCGUUAUUGUUUGACCUGAAGGCGCUAGUUGACAUGAUGUCAAUUGGGACCCUUUUUGCCUACACACUUGUUGCCAUAUGUAUCCUCAUAUUAAGGUACCAAUCAGACCUCAGCGAGGAUUCAAGUUUCAGCAAACCAGAACCCUUUACAGUUUCUGAAGUCUUAUUUCCUCCUUCACAAGCCACUUCACGGACAUCAAAGAACGUGUCUCUUUUAACUGUUUUCAUCAUCUUUUUAACAAUCAUCUUAAGCCUCGUCAUAUCUCGGGCUGUGGACUCCCUGCAGGCCCUCGAGUGGUGGAGUUUACUUUGUGUCUCUAUCGUCGCACUGAUGCUGGUCCUCAGUACUUUGAUCAUCUGGAGACAACCACAGAACACAACCAAAGCUGCUUUCAUGGUUCCUUUUGUGCCAGUGCUUCCUGUUUUCAGCACCCUUGUCAAUGUCUAUCUCAUGGUUCAACUUGGAUCCGACACAUGGAUCCGCUAUGCAGUGUGGAUGGCAGUAGGUUUAAUCAUCUACUUCUGUUACGGCGUUCAGCACAGUGUGCAGAAACAAAGGCUCCAAAAUUCACACAACCACGUCAGCAUUCACAGCAUCACCACCACUAUGGAGCAAAACUCUGAACCAGGAGACAACUUUAAUGGCUAA